UUCCUUUCAGGUACAAAUACAAUAAAGAAUUUGACAGGAUGAGUUCUGUUGAAAGCCUGUCACCGCACUGGACGAAUGAAAGACUCACCAAGAAGAAGGCCCUCCUAUGUAACAAGAUAAAGAAUCCAUAUUGCAUGUCUUUGAAGACCUUUCCUACCAACAAACAUCAGCGGCUCACCAGGCAACCUGGUGUUAACUUCAAGACAAGGAGUGGCGUGGUGUUCAAUCCCAUCACGCCCUUGGAGAUUUUACGAGGGACAUUGCAGAAACGAAUUAAUAAAGAUAUCCAUUGUAUAUUCCAGUAUUAUGCUCAGUAUUUCUACAUGGCUGUUGAAAACAUGAGAGAGAACUAUGGAGCGGACAGCGUGACUGAAGAACAUGUUCUCACCGUCUUCAGGAAUAGCUUGGAGGCCGCAAAGGAUCUCUUCCAACCAUCUGGUAAGCAUACAGGCAAAGAUCGACAUGAAGACAAUUCUCAUAAGAUCAAUGUUAAGAUGCAUCUUGAUAAGAUGAAUCUGACAUCGGAUGCUGUACUUAGAAGGAACGAUGAUGAUGAUUGUGAUGAACCAGAGAGAAAGAGAUCCAAGCAUAACCAAGAUAACGGCUCUACAUUCUCACUUAGACCACCUCCAAGAAUACAGACAAGAAAGAGGAAAGGACGCCCUCCUGCACAUCAUCGUGACUACACUGACGUGAUAACAACGUCAUCCGGUAAUUACAAAGGUAGUAAGGUCAAAGUGGAACCGGUCAAGAGAGAAGGGCCAAAGUGGGACCCAUCUAGACUAGUCCCGGACACCAUGUUUGUCAUGGGUGCCAAGGCUAACAAAGCUCUUGGUCUAGGCGCUACAAGAGGACGGUUGUAUAUCAAACACCCGGAACUGUUUAAGUAUGCUGGGGACCAAGACGAUAAAACAUGGCUGUACGACAAUCACUUGAUGCCUGCCACUGGUGGAAAAGCUUACAUUCUUCUGCUGGAUGAUGUCCUGCACUUGGCAGAAACAGAGGAGUACAAGGAAUGUGGAAGCCUGGCCGUUGAGGAACUCCAGGCGUUCAAAGUGACACCCAUGAUCCUCCAAAAGAUGAAACGACACAUGGAAACUCAUCGUACCGAUGGUGAUGGAAGUAACAAUAGCAGUGAUAAUAAUGAAUGACAUUUUUCAUAAGUUAGCUAUAUGAUUGCACUGUAUCAUGUCACAGUUAUACUUGCCUUAGUCAUAUCUGUUGGGACUUGAGAAUUACCUUGGACUUUGAAUAGAAACAAAUCAACUUUAAAGUGUUAUAAUCAAUAGAAUAUUUUAAAGGUGAAUGUAAACAAGUAAGCAAUUUUUUUUCUCAGCUUUUGCAAGUUGGACGUGGGCAAAGUCGACUAUAUAUAUAUAUAUAUAUAUAUACAAGUAAUGAGAUCAUUAGAAAUACUAUAAAACUUUGUUAAAACAUCCCAAGCACUGCGGUUUAUGUUUAAGCACUUCAUAUUCUGCGUAAAUGGUUUAUUUUAUGACAAAUUCCUAGUUAUCAACUAAUUAUUUCAAUUGUCAUCCUCCCCCACUUUUUGUCUCGCGUGCAUAGCAGAGCGAGUCUGUAGCAUUUUAAGGUCUUGAUUUUCUAUGCUGUUGUACUCGAGCAAACUCCCAUCACUCCCGAGCGGUCAUAAUUGUGAGAUGAAGCAACCAUCACUAGCGCAGCAAUCAAUCACUGAACCAAAAUAUAUGGCUUAGUUGGUACGUAUCGAGAACAACUGAACAACACCAAAACAACACAACUUGCUCACACGCUCACUAUUUCUCUCAGCUUUCCCUCACAGCACUUGUGUCGGUCUAUUUUCCAGCAAUCAUCAUCAAGAGCAAUCAAACAAAUGGCUUAGCUACACAUAAUCUACGGUUAAUAUAGGGGAAAAUAGAGUUUAUAAAUCAAUCAUACGUUGAACUUGUCUUUAUUAUUGAAGAUUUCCAAUGAACACUAGUCUUCACCACGGUAAAAUCAAUGAGCACUCCGUGAGCACAGUAUAAAUACACACGCGUUACAUAAUAAUACAAUGAACUGAACUGCAAGCUGGAACACAAUUAACUGAACCUGCACACACAGUGCAGUGUUUUUUAUACCCUAAUGGUGGCCCUGCUAUUUCCUGACCCUGGCUGAUAACGCCCUCUCGAGGCCUAUUUUGUCACAUGACCCCCCACUAACUUUGAACUUCCCUGUUUUAAAAUGACUAUAAAAACAGAAUGACAAAGUAGCGAGAUACAAAAUAUCAAUAUCAAAACAUAAUAAUGACUUAAUAAAAACAUAUCGUAAACAUUUCAAAAUGUAACAACUUCAAUAUCAUAACUCGUCAUCAAGACAACUAAAUUCUGAACGUAUUGUUCUGUACCAGUAAAUAACUUCAGUAAAUAAAGCAAAUAUUCACUCCGGAAUUCCAACACAACAAUUGCUCUUUAAUCAUCGCCCAUUUUCUACACAAUUUCUUCGUGCACCCUGAAUAGCAUUAGUCUUACUUCAGGCUUCUUGGUUUAUGAAGCAGUAUACACAAUAUCUCCCCUCUACUUGAAAUGGGGUAUCAACGUUGACCUGUUAAUUAAAUUUUCAGACACCAAAUUAUCAAAUAACAAGUCAAGCUUCCCUGAUCCAUUCACCGUAACUGGAAACAAGAUUGCAUCCUUAGAUGGGUGAAUAGACAAAACCUCAACGUUAUCUACAUGUAGUUGAGACUGUUCUGUAGGAACCUAUACACUUUAGCAAAAUGUCCAUUUUCCCCGCAUGAAUUGCAAGUUGCUUCUCUAGCUUUACAAGAGACAUCAUUAGCUUUGUGCCUCUUAUCACCGCAACAAUAACAAGUAACAGUUUUCUGUUCUGGUGGAUUUUUAACACUGGCAGUUGACUGUUUCCUCGCACCAGGCUGUUUCUGUUUACGCUUGGGCUUAAACUUCACUGCAUUCACACUAUCUGCAGGUGCAUUCAGUGCCCGAGUCUGUCGUGACGCAGAUUCCAUCUGACGUGCAAUUGUCAUAGCAGACUGAAGUGUAAGAGAUGGCUCGAUCAGAAGCCUUUCCCGAAUUCGCUCUGAGUUUUUUCCACUAGUUGAUCCCGAAUGAAUUCAUCUCGAAGAUCACCAAACGCACAGGUAAGUGCUAGAGACCGGAGUGCACAAAUGUAUGUUUCCACAGGCUCGUCUGGCAUCUGGCCUCUCUGUCGGAAACGGUAACGUUCUGCCACAAUAUUAAUGUUCGGUAAAAAAUUAUUGUCUAAUCUGGCUAUGGCUUCACCAUAUGAACACAGCUCACUAGCACCGGUUUCUGUAGAUGACCCAGCAGGAGAGGUCCAGAUGAAGUAGGUGGUAAUGUAUAAAACACCUGCUGGCCCUCCGCUCCGAGACAGUGGAGUAGCAAGGCGCGGCGACGGUCUUCACUAAAUUUGUUGGCGGCCGAUGCAAUGAGAUACACGUCAAAAUGUUCUUUCUACUGUUCCAUGGCAUAGCAGGAGUGCCUGGAGUAGGUAAAUAGUGGUGGUGGGGGUUGCAAAUUCGCCAUCUUUUCACCAAUGUUCAGUACCAGUUCAUAAUUUCAGUAAAUAAAGCAAGUAUUCACUCUGGAAUUCCAACACAACAAUUGCUCUUUAAUCGUCGCCCAUUUUCUUCACAAUUUCUUUGUGCACCCUGUUUCGGGUCAUAAUAGCAUUAGUCUUAAUUCAGACUUCUUGGUAUAUGAAGAAGUCUGAAUUAUACACAACACGUAUACAAUAUGCAUGAAAACAUUUCAUAGAAAACAUAAUCUGUAUAUAAGAUAGACAUCAGCUGUAUAUAAGAUAGACUUUUUGGUAUAAAACAGUACAAAACUUUAUUGCAUAAAAAAAGGCAAUGAUACUGGAUUUUUGCAUAAUAUACUGAUAAAAAUAUACAGAACUAUCAAAAAGAGUAUGUAAGUGCUUGCCCAGCAAUAAAACACGAAAACUCUUCAUAUCAAAAUAAAACUACACCAAUAUUUUUAGUUUACACAAUCAAACUACCCAAAGGUAUCAAGAUCAAGAUGAAUGUGUAUUAUCAUUGCAAUAUAAAGAAAUAUCUCUAACUUCCUUAUGCACAUGAGUUAAAGGCAGAAAUACAAAAUAGUACUUUUUUUAGCAGUUUGUUUAAACCAGAAGGUGCUGUACAUAUUUACAACAACGAAAAAUACUGGUCUUGAAUGAAAACAUGAAACUCAAAGAAGUAGGAAGAUCCGAGACAGGGGAGGUAGGAGCAUCAGAGAAAAGAAUGGAAACAUGUAAUAGAAAGAACGAAUCUCGAGUUCACUGAAAAAAAAAAUAUACAUCAUAAAAUAUCAAAACAUCAUGGCCUCAUGAAUACAGUCUUCUAAAAUUACUUCUGGAGUUGGUGGUAGCAGUCCUGCUUUUGGUCCCACGAAGCAGGCACAAGCUGGAGGAAUGAUUCGGUAGUGUCCUUUUGUCGGAUUAGUUUCCCUUGAGAUUAGAAUCGUUGAACCCUCUCCUCAACAACGGAGACAAGGAUUUGCAUAGAAGCAGAUUCAGGAGCGAUGGGAGACGGUGGUGUAAAGAUGGAACAGGUGCAGGUCGAGGCUGAGGAGUCAAAGGGGUCUCUGGAUAGUUGGUUAUUAGGGCUGGAGAUGUUGGUUUCUCCUCCUCACUGUCCUCCAUACUCUGUAGCAGCAUGGCAAGGGGCUUGCCGGUAGGACGCUGAGGGGCUGGUGGGAUUUUAAAUCCAUAUGAAGUUGUUAUUGAUAUAGCUACUGGACUACUUAUUACAUGUAGUCCCUGUGACGUACUCGGUACGUCCAGGCCAAGUGGGUCCCGUGAACACAUGUCCUUCUCAUGGACCAAUAUGUGACGCCGGAGGUUGGCGGAUCUCAUGGUCCUAUAAUAGUGACAUCGGUCACUUCUGUGCUUUCUUUUGUCGUGCUCAUCUCUUCCCUUCUCCUCACAUUGAUGCCUCUCCCUUACGUGCUGUGUCAGCUCUUGUCCAUCGAAGAACUUCUUCCCACAAUCCCUGCAAUAGAUUGCCUUCCUGCAUGGAGCCAUCUGGAGUAAAAGAAAGAAGACACAAUGAGCAAAUUCUCAUACUCCAUCAGAUAUUGGGUUUUUUGCUGUAUACUUAAAGGGUAACAUCUUCCGCUGUUAGCAUCAUGUACAGGAUCAUUAUUAUGGUCAUUUGUAGCUAUUUCAUUUGAACCUGAAAGCAAGUUAGUUGGAAGCUCAUUGGUAAUGAGAUUUGGUUCAUUUCCCCCACAACAGUUUGCACUGUUUCUCUUCCCUCAUCAUUUGUGUCUUCGGUUAUUAUAAGAGCAUCUGGAUGUGUCCAUGUCCAUUUGGGUAGAUCAGGCCCAUUGUACGGCCUUAGUCGAUCGACAUGGACCACAGCAGGUUUCGCUCACUGUCUUGCCUGUAUCCUCAUGGUGACAUCUGACAGUCGACUUACGAUCAAGUAAGGACCUUUCCAUUGUAGCUGCAGUUUGGGUGACACACCCUUCUUCUCUGAUGGGUCAUGUAGCCACACAAAUCCCUCACCUUGAGACCAUGUUCCUGAGAACUCCAAUCGUAAUUUUUCCUCUGUCUGGCUGCAGACUUUUCCAAGCAAAGCUCUUGCUCGUUCAUGAGCUCUCAUCGUUUUCCUUAAUUUCAUGGCGUCAUCGUCUGAUUGUUCCUCGUCGUCAAGGGAUGGUGUCAUCAGGUCCACUAGCAUCCUCACUUCCAGGGCCAACAUGAUGAUAUUGGGGCUUUCUCUCGUUGACUCCUGAGGUGUAGCUCUAUAUGCACUUGUAGCAUAUGACAGAUGUUUAUCCUUACUCUUCUUUGCCUCAUCUUCUUCUAAAACCAUGGAGACAAUAUUGAUUAACGUUUUGUUGAAUCGUUCCACAAGUGCGUCAGAUUUCAAAAUGUACUGGGAAGCCCAAGUCUUGGUAAUUUUCAAUAUAACUCACACAUCAGCGAACGACCGGGAUUCAAAAUCGGAUGCUUGGUCUGAGUGAAGCUCUAGGGGUAUCCCGAAUCUGCAUAUGAAUUCUUCAACAAGUGUCUUUGCUACUGUCUCUGCUCUAGCAUCAGGAAGAGAAUAUGCCUCCAUCCACUUGGUGUGGUAUUUACCAACAACCAGUAUCCAUUGGUUUCCUGAUGCUGUCUUGGAAAAUGGGCCCAUCGAAUCUAUGGCGACUCUCCAAAGUGCCCCUUUGCUUCAGUGGAGCAUUGCGUUUCUUUGAAGGUGAUAAAAACUCUGCACUGUGUGUGCAGGUUCAGUUCAUUGUAUUAUUAUGUAUUGAGGAGGAGAAACCAAUCUCCUGCCCAAAUAAGCAACUAUCCAGAGACUCCUUUGACUCCUCAGUCUCGACCUGCACCUGUUCCAUCUCCAUCAUCUGUUCCAUCUUCACGACCUGUACCAUAUCCCACCGCUGCCACCACUUGUAACGUUUUAAGGUCUUGAUUUUCUAUGCUGUCAUACUCAUGAGCAAACUCCCAUCACUCCCGAGUGGUCAUAAUUGUGAGUUAUGGAGCAAACAUCACUAGCACAGCAAUCAAUCACUGAAUCAAAAUAUAUGGCUUAUUUGGCACGCAUCAAGAACAACUGAACACCGAAACAACUCAACUUGCUCACCAUUUCUCUCAGCUUUCCCUCACAGCACUUGUGUUGGUCUAUUGUCCUGCAAUCAUCAUCAAGAGCAAUCAAACAAUCGGCUUAGCUACACAUAAUUUACAGUUAAUAUAGGGCAAAAUAGAGUCACAAAAUACAGUUUUUAAAUCAAUCCGGGGAGCGUUUCAUGAAAGGACUUGUCGGACGUUUUAUCCGACAAGUCCCAUUUUAUCUGACAGUUACCAUAGUAACAGUACCUCUCGGCCAAUCAACAUCAGAGAAAGAUGUCAGAUCUGACAACUUGUCGGAUGAAAAUGUUGAUGAAACACUCCCCAGAACUUUGAAAGUAUAUGAAUCUAGGUCAUGAAAAUUUUGGACAUAGGAGUAAUCAAGUAUCGGUGAACAUCCUGCAUGAGUUUCACGUCACAUGACAAAAGUCCUUGAAGGUCAAUGAACUUUGGCCAUAUUGGGAGUAUUUUUUAAUUUACCAUCAUAACUUUGAAAGUUUAAGGGUAGUUCAUGAAAUGUGGGGACAUAAGGGCAAUCAAGUAUCACUGAUCAUCUUGUACAGAUCUUCGGUCACAUGAUCAAGGUCAAAUGUUAUUUAGGGUCAAUGAACAUAGUAUUUUAUUAUCAUAUGAACGGUGUUAAAAAAAAAAAAACAAUUAUAUAGUCAUUUUCAAAGUCAGCACUGCUGCUAUAUUGAAUCGAGUAAUGCAGACAAGACUGCCAGAGGUGCUCCACUUGUCGUUUUUUUAUAAGAGGAAAGAAAUUGCAUUUCCCAUAGCAGUGCACAGGAAAAAUGUCCCCCCCCCCCCAUAGGAAAAUCUCAUAUAAACCAUAUGUACCUCUGAAUGGAAAAGAUUUAGAUUCUUUCCUCCAAAUUCAGAAUGGUUGAUAAGUCUGGGUUAAAAAAAUCUACGCUCAUUUAAUCGUAUAUAAAAUAUAUUGAGAAUAAAGUUUCGUAGCGGUAUGUGAAUAGGAACAUAUAUUGUGCAAUCUUGUGUUAUUUGCUGAUAUGGCACUAUUUGUUAGCACAAAUGACAUUCCAUGAUCAUCUUGUAUUAGCUUUUAUUUUUGUACAUGUAUUUAGAAAAAAUGCUGUUGUGCCAUUUACUAUUAACACAGGUUUCUGUCUAACAACGGAAUAUUAACUCAAGCCUAACUUAACAAAUGGGAUUUAAACCAGAAUAGGGCACAAAACCACAAAGUGCUCUAAAAUUCAGGUAAAUACAUAUUAUAUGAUCCAAAAUAUAUUUGGAUCAUAUUCUGUAUGUGUGCGCACUGAAAAAAAGAAAGAAUUUGGUUGGGGUUUAAACCAGAAAAGUUUAAACCUCCUUUACAACUUUGGGCUGUAGACAUUUUCUUCCUAACUGGAAUGAGGGUUGGAGAUAAUCAUGACUUUAAAGUAUACAUGUAAGAAAUCCCAAUCUUUUAUCCAGUGUAAGGUAGUCUUUUAUAUGUAUUUUUCUUUUAUUUAUUUGAUGUAUAUACCUGGCAUGUUUGAUAUCUGUGAGAAGUAUCAAUUUUUUUUUUCAUGUUAUGCUCAUUGAGGCCAAUUUCCCGUUUUUGAAUAGGGAUCAUCAUUAAGUCCAACUUAAUAUAUAUUUUUCUCAGCAGCACUUUAGAAUUGAUAAAGAGUCUGAUUUUAAGAUCAACUUCAUUGGGUUUUGAUUGAUCUCAUGGAUUAAUAUAAAUAAUUACUCUGCAAAAUUUGAUAGUGUAAAUUUCAGCUUUACAAUUGAAAAUCUUGAUAAUUAUGAUUUUGAUGAGAAGGCAAAUAAAUACUUUUUGAAUAUUUCAUGUCAAAGAAAAUAUGUUUACAUAAUACUUCACAAGUUCUCAUUAUUGCUAUUUGUUUGCUACAUCUCGGCAUUGUUGCACAACCUUAUGCUGGAAGUUUAUGUGAUUUCUUGUCAUUCAGGUGCGGGGGGGGGGGUGAAGCGACACUGAUAGGGUGUUACCAAAAAAAGAAAUUGGCCAAUACAAAAUUCAUCAUAUAUAUAGAUUAUCUUUGUUGUUCAAAAGUUUUAUAAAGCAUGUAUAAUUCAUAUCAUUUAAAAAUGUCCUGUUAACCAAUCAAAUAUCAGUGAGCACAAAAUAACCACUUAAAUUUGUCUUAGAAAUUUUGUUUAACAAAGUCAUUUUAUUGUACAUUAAAUAAGUAUAAGAGUACAAAUGUAAGAUAUUAAUAUUACAUGUAUUUACAAUUGGUAGAAAGGUAAACAUGUUUAUCUGAAGAAAACUAUUUUAAUAUACAUGGAACUAUGAUAGAGUUAUUGGAAUAAAUAUCAUUUGCUGAAAGCCUGAAA